GCAGAAAAGAGGAGGAGUGAAAUGUAAUGCACAUCUCACACAGAGGCAGGAGCAGCACUAGAUGGGUUUAAAGAAAGGGUUUAGGGUAAAAAAAAAUCCUGUCUAAAAGGUGAGUGAAAGAAGCCAGAAGGGAAGAAACAGAAAGAGAGAUAGAGAGAGCGCAAGUUUGAGAGAGAGAAAGAGAGAGAGAGAGAGAGAGAGAGGGUCCUGCUGUUCACACACGUGCGUUCGGAUUGCCAUACAAGCUACGAGAAGCUGGUUUCCACCGCAAAGGGACAACAUGGGCGCAGUGGUGGGGACGCUGACCAUGCAGACCAAGCAGAGAGCUAUGUCCAGAGAUAAGAUAGAUGAUGAGUUGGAAAUUACCAUGGUGUGUCAUCGACCAGAAGGGCUGGAUAAACUCGAAGCUCAGACCAACUUCACCAAAAGAGAGCUGCAAGGACUGUACCGUGGCUUCAAGAAUGAGUGUCCAAGUGGAGCAGUUAAUGAGGAGACAUUUAAACAGAUAUAUGCACAGUUCUUCCCCCAUGGAGAUGCCAGCACCUAUGCACACUAUCUGUUCAAUGCUUUCGAUUCUACGCAAAACGGCUCUAUUAAGUUUGAGGACUUUGUGACGGCUCUGUCCGUCCUGCUGCGAGGCUCAGUAAGAGAGAAGCUGGAAUGGACUUUCAACCUGUACGACAUUAACAAAGACGGCCACAUCAACAAGGAGGAGAUGACACACAUUGUCAAAGCCAUUUAUGACAUGAUGGGGAAGUACACCUACCCUGCCUUGAAAGUAGAAGUCCCUAGACAGCAUGUGGAGGCCUUCUUCCAGAAAAUGGACAAGAAUAAAGAUGGAGUCGUCACUUUGGAAGAAUUCAUUUUAUCAUGCCAGGAAGAUGAAAACAUCAUGCAGUCCCUACGGCUGUUUGAGAACGUAAUGUAAAGAGAGGAGUAAAGAGAGAGAGAGAGACGAGCGGACCGAGGAGAUUCAACGGAAGGACACUAAUGGACACACUACUGCCUACACCCGGAACAACUUUUAUAACGUGGACCUGUCUUUAUAUUUACAAACGACCGCACUCCUUGUAAACGCACUGGUACAGCUCCUCAUUGCCUCCCUUCUCUGUCCUCUGUGUCUGCAGCCACCCCUGGUCCCCACGUAUAAGGGCGAUACAAGUGGCAGCAGUGGUUAGGAACCUGGGCUAGUAACCCUAAAGGUUCAGGUUUGAUUCCCCUAGGGCACUGUUGUUGUACGCUCCAGCAACUUACUUCAUCUAAAUUGCUUUGGUACAUAUCCAGCUGUAUGAAAGGACACUGUGAAAAUGUAAAUUUGUUGUAAGUUGCUCUGGAUACAGUAAGUGUGUAAUAGGCUGCAUGUCAACCAUGAAAAGGAUACUCAGUUGUGAACUACAUAUUGCCGUUAAUUUGUGUGAAUUGAACAGGGGUGCAUGCAGAUACAUAGCCCCAUUAUGAUCAUAAUGGGAAAAAAAGAUGCUUAAUCAUAAGAAUGCAUGUUAAAGAUAGCAUACCAGGGGCCUCAUUUGAUGGCAUCUAUUUAAGACAUGAUUAUGAUCAUAAAUGUUGUAUGUGAAGUUUAUACUAGGAGGUAGCCUAUGUUCAUUUCCUGCUGGUUAUCUGCUGCAAGUUUGAGGGCUAGGUGUUAAUCCCCAAAGUGGGCUGUGUUUGCACUUUAAGAAUACCAUUUAAUAAUAAACAAUUUCAGGCAUGAAAAGUGUGAGAAAUGUUGAAAUGCGGCCUUAUUUAGCAAAACAGGGCUGUUAUUGGUUAACUUUGCGAGCAGGAGUAACGGUGAAGCACGCUCACGUCAGUUCUGUAUCACGUAAGAUUUAUAUAUUGCAGGUACAUAAGACGCAGAGGCACCGCUUUAAACCAACGUAAGCGACUUUUCUCGGUCACAGUUAUUUUAAUGAGUGAAGCGUAAUUUGGGAAAUAAUCUUGAGAUGACAUGAUCUUAGUUUUAAAUCCAAAAACAUUAUAAAUUAGGCCCUAGAUCUUCAUUAAGACCAUGUGGAUUAACGGUCUUUAAAUGAAAAAUCCACCUACUUUAACAGACCAUCAACAUUUGUGCCCAACCAGACUGCAUGCAUUGUUGCUGGGAA